UUUUUUUCUUUCAUUUCCUCGAUCGACUACGAGUGGUGGCGUUAGUUCGAUCGCUUAGUUACGUUCACGUCAUCUCUUUUAAUUUCUAAUGUCUGAAUUUUGUAUCACACAUGCUUAGGGGUAACCGAAUUAAGAAGAAAUCCAAGAAUCCCCGAACAAGAAGAAAAGUACGAGUUAGAGUUGUAAAGUUAAAUGUGAACUAGAAAGUGUGAACGAAGUCGCGAGGUGUCUCGUCCGUCCGGUUCGAUCUGGAUUUGAGCAGUUUGAACCAAGAGCCGGGCUCCCUUUCCCUUGCUUUCUUUAUUAGAAAAGUUUAGUGGUGUGUUAUAGAUAUUAAACAGUUUAUUUACUGUUAUUUGUAAACUUUUUUUUGUUGUAAAAGUCAAGUUUAUCCGUUCCAAAAUGUCUGAGGAGUCGUCAGCAGAUCGCAAUGUCGAAAUAUGGAAGAUCAAAAAGCUGAUCAAGAGCUUGGAAAUGGCGAGGGGGAAUGGUACGUCGAUGAUAUCGUUGAUAAUACCACCGAAGGAUCAGAUCUCUCGGGUAUCGAAGAUGUUGGCUGAUGAAUUCGGUACAGCUUCCAACAUCAAGUCUCGAGUGAACCGCCUCUCCGUGCUCGGGGCCAUCACGUCGGUACAGCAUCGACUGAAAUUGUACACUAAAGUACCACCGAACGGCCUCGUCAUCUAUUGCGGUACCAUCGUCACCGAAGAGGGCAAGGAGAAGAAGGUGAACAUCGAUUUUGAACCGUUCAAACCCAUCAAUACUUCACUCUAUCUCUGUGAUAAUAAGUUCCACACGGAAGCCCUGACGGCGUUGCUCGCCGAUGACAAUAAGUUCGGUUUCAUCGUGAUGGACGGUAACGGAGCCCUGUUCGGUACACUGCAGGGUAACACCAGAGAGGUCCUCCACAAGUUCACCGUUGAUCUGCCAAAGAAGCACGGUCGUGGUGGUCAGUCUGCUCUUCGUUUCGCUCGUCUGCGUAUGGAGAAACGUCACAACUACGUGCGAAAGGUGGCCGAGGUGGCCACUCAGCUGUUCAUCAGCGCUGACCGACCGAACGUCGCCGGACUCAUCCUGGCCGGUUCGGCAGACUUCAAGACUGAACUGAGUCAGUCGGAUAUGUUCGACCCGCGUCUCCAAACGAAAAUCAUCAAGCUGGUGGAUGUAUCCUAUGGCGGUGAGAAUGGUUUCAACCAAGCUAUAGAGUUAGCUGCUGAAUCGUUGCAGAAUGUCAAGUUCAUCCAAGAGAAGAAACUCAUUGGGAGAUACUUUGACGAGAUCUCACAGGAUACUGGCAAGUAUUGCUUCGGUGUGGAUGACACGUUGCGGGCGCUCGAGCUGGGUGCCGUGGAGACGCUCAUCUGCUGGGAAAAUCUCGAUAUCCAAAGAUACGUUUUGAAAUCACACGCUACCAACCAAGAAACUAUUCUGCAUUUGACGCCCGAGCAGGAGAAGGAUAAGUCACAUUUCACCGAUAAAGAGACCGGGGUGGAGCUGGAGCUGGUGGAGUGUCAGCCGCUGCUGGAGUGGCUCGCGAACAACUACAAGUCAUUCGGUGCGACAUUGGAGAUCAUAACAGACAAGAGUCAGGAGGGCAGUCAGUUUGUACGAGGUUUCGGUGGAAUUGGCGGUCUGCUGCGUUACAAGGUGGACUUCCAAUCGAUGCAGCUGGACGACGAGGAGAUAGACAAUUUGUACGACGUUGAUGAUUAUUAGAAACAAACCGGCGCCGGCUGAUCCGUAAACGAGCUUAUGCAAUAAAAAAAAAUAUGUUAAUUAAA